AUAGCGUCGUGCUUGCAGAGUUUUCAUGAUAUCAAACAUUAUAUCGAGUGCAGAUGAAUAGGAAACGGGAGAGGCCGAUUUUCGGAUAAAGAACACUCCGAAGUAUGAAUUUUUAUCGAAAGCUAUACUUCUCCAUUUUUAUAUGUUCUAUCAGUCUCAGUCAACAAAAUAUUCCUCCCCGCGUUUUGCCAAAGGUUUGGGACCCAGCAUUCAGUGAGUAUCUGACAACCAAACCAAAGGUUAUCAUUCUGGUAACCGCAUUCAGAUCUGGUUCGACUUUCAUGGGAGAACUAUUCAAUCAAAACCCAGAUAUUCUGUAUGAUUUCGAGACAUUUCACGCAGGGGCCCUGUCAGAGAGAAAAGGCCAGGGAAACUAUAAAGGAGAAGAUCCCAGACACACUGACGAUGAGCUGAACAUGCUAAUGUUGCAACAACUAAUCAACAACUGCACUAUAAUGCCCAGUGUUUUCCUAAACGCUCUGCAUAAGUACUGGCGAUGUCCUAAGACUACUAAAGAGAUGAUGGAGCUGUUCGGAGAGGAGACGUGUAAAGAAAACGAUUGGUUUAAGGGGCCGAGUAUUAAAGAACUUAGACAGUACCUCUGCAGGAAACGAGAUGCGGUCGUGUUGAAGGUAAUUCGUCUUCGUAGAUUGAAAGAUCUGGAGCUAAUUAAAAACAUUCACAAGGCGGAUGUGAAGGUGAUACAAUUGUUGAGAGACCCGCGAGGUAUGUUUAGAUCAAGAGGCGGAUUUAAAGACAUUUUUCAGAUAAGGAGGCACCAAUUACAGUGGACACAUCACGAGAAGUGGACCAAACUCGCUUACGAAGCUCAUACCGAGUGUGAAAGUUACAUAAACGAUAUCGAGUAUGCAGAAAAUAGUCCAUGGCUUAGAAACCGAUACAUGAAAGUAAAACAUGAUGAUAUGGCGACACAAUAUUUGGAGAUAGCCCAAAAAUUGUACGAUUUUAUCGGACUGCCACUUCCAAAUAUAGUUAAAGAUUUUUUGGAAGAAGCAGUUAACGCGGAGGACCCAGCCGAUAAUCAGAAGGACAAAGCGGGUGACGUAGGGAAAGGGGGUACGCUGAAUACAAUCAAAAACUCUAAAGCAGUUAACGAUAAGUGGCUAAAUUGGAGCAUUGAUAACAUCAGAAAUGUAGAUAGACAUUGUGCAAGGUUAAUUAGGAAAAUGAACUGGCCUUUUCUGCUGGAGGACACAAAAAGAUUCUUCGAGUUCGAGCCAAUUAAUUGACGUUUUUAAUACUUUUAUGCAAUUUUUACACGCCUAUGAAGCCUGAAGGGUUGUGACGGAUGGUUUAAAUAAUAGAAAUAUAAUUUUGAAGGAUAUAUAAUAUGUAUGGUAACGAUUUUUUGAAAUUUGUAUGGUUUUCAAAGAAAAGGGGAUACUUUUACUGCAAUAGGUAUUUAAGGUAGGUACUAUUUUGAUUAAAUAUAAGUUAAUACAAUUCA